GGGGCGGUCCCCCUACGCCUCUUGCAUAAUUCGGAAAAUUUAUUUUCCCACACCGAAUGGAAAUCCGAAUUGAAAAAUUUCAUUGAAAACAGGCGCACGCAGAAACUAUCAACAACUGAGCGUCAUAUAUAAAAGCUCGGGGAAAUUGUAAACACUGCAGACGGCUAAAGGAAAAUAGCAAUUUUUCCGCACUCCAUGGGGCUCAGUGGAAAUUUGAUUUUGGCGUCUCAUUUAUGAGAAUCAUCUGUUCGUCUUAACUUUUAUUCUGCUUUUUGCCGCUGCCUUGGGAUCUGAAGGUGAAUUGACCGAAAUGUGCCAACCACAAUUAAACAGGAGAGACCUAUUCGACAUAGCCGUGUUGGCCGCCAUAAAGAUUCUCAUCCGUCAGGUUGAGAGCUUCAACGAGGAUCGGCCGAUCUCUUCAAACCUGAUGGUUCACAUUACGACUAUAGUUUCUAAGUACAUCCUGACCGGUAAGAGCGUAAAGUUCAUCCUUCGGCUGCUCUAUGUGGGAUGCCGCCUGAACAAACCGCUGGCAGAAGAAAAUAAAACACCAGCUGCAGUUCGCACAGCAUUCUUAUGCUUGUGGGAGUUGGGCAAAGAAAAGUGCUAUACAUACAAGGAAAAGGAGGAAGGAGACAUCUCUGUGGAGUGGCGAUGAAUUGAAUUUAUCCGUGAUUCUUUGAAAAUUACUUGAAUCAAUUCAAAUUAUAAAUAAAUUUAUAUUGGUUUUAGAUUUUAGGUAAUCGUUUUGUGCAAAUUACAAGCAAACAUUUUUAAAAAAGAA